CGGCGUCAUGUGAAAAGGAGGGCACUCGUCUCUUUCUGCUCUGCUAUGCCCUGCUCCGCUCCGACCCUCCUCCGCCUCGCCCUUUCGUCACCGCGGACUUGCUCGCUCGCUAUCCAGGCGGUGUUGGCGUCGUCCCUGUCGCCGGCUAAACUUGCGUGCGGCUGAGCGGAGGAUGAGCGAGCAAGGGAAGGGCUCGGCAUCCGCUUCCACCGCGGCCCCGCCAGCAGCGGGCUCGGAUACUUACAAAGGUUGGCUUUUUAAAUGGACCAACUACCUGAAAGGGUACCAGCGGCGAUGGUUCGUCCUGAGCAACGGCCUGCUGUCGUAUUACAGGACACAGGCGGAGAUGGCGCACACAUGUCGCGGGACAAUCAAUCUGGCCACUGCUCACAUCGACACGGAGGAUGCCUGCAAUAUUGUCCUGAGCAGUGGUGGCCGCACAUACCACCUGAAAGCUAGUACCGAAGUGGAGCGGCAGCGAUGGAUCACAGCCCUCGAGCUGGCCAAAGCUAAAGCGAUUCGCAUGAUGAACGACCAAUCUGAUGACUCCGGAGACGAGGAGCCGGCCUCCCGAUCGGACCGCAGUGAGAUUCAGGGAACUUUAAAGAUACUCGUCAGCAAGCUUGAUGACCUCAGCACAUGUAAUGACUUGAUCGCCAAGCACGGGGCCGCCUUGCAACGUUCUCUCAGUGAACUCGAGAGCCUAAAAGUUCCUGUGGAGGGAGGGGAGAAGAUAAAGGCAGUCAACGAGCGGGCCACCCUCUUUCGUAUCACUUCCAAUGCUAUGAUCAAUGCCUGUCGAGACUUCCUGGACCUAGCCGAGACUCACAGUAGGAGGUGGCAGCGGGCACUGCAAUAUGAGCGUGAGCAGCGUACCCACCUGGAGGAGACCAUCGAGCAGCUAGCCAAGCAGCACAACAGCCUGGAACGAGCGUGGAGAGCGGCACCGACACUUUCUGCCAGCGCACCCAGCGCCCCGACCAGCAAGAAGGAAGGGAGUGAGAGGCCGCUCAAAGGAGAGGCGAGUGAUGAAGAUGAGGAUACUGAGUACUUUGACGCCAUGGAGGAUUCCCCUGCAUUUAUCACAGUGACUGCAAGUGACAACACACAACGCAGGCGAUCUCAGAGUAGUUUGAGUGGAGCAAGCGGCGCCAAUUCCUACGACUGGAACCAGGGCGACCAUAUGUCUCCAAGCUACAACGAUGUGUCGGGGAAGGAGCUUCAGCCACGCAGACAACGGCGGACCCGUGUCCCCGACAAGCCGAACUACUCCCUCAAUUUGUGGAGCAUCAUGAAGAACUGCAUUGGCAAGGAGCUCUCCAAAAUUCCAAUGCCUGUGAACUUCAAUGAGCCUCUGUCAAUGCUGCAGCGCCUCACUGAAGACUUGGAGUAUCAUGAGCUUCUGGAUAAGGCAGCACGCUGUGACUCCUCGCUGGAGCAGAUGUGUCUGGUUGCUGCCUUCUCCGUCUCUUCUUACGCCACCACCGUCCACCGGACAGCCAAACCCUUCAACCCGCUCCUGGGGGAGACCUACGAGCUUGAUCGCCUGGAGGAGUUUGGCUACCGCUCACUGUGUGAGCAGGUGAGCCAUCACCCCCCUGCAGCUGCACAUCAUGUGAUUUCCCAACGAGGCUGGACCUUGUGGCAGGAAAUUACAAUUGCCAGCAAGUUCCGUGGAAAAUACCUCUCCAUAAUGCCUCUGGGUGCCAUUCAUCUGCAAUUCCACUCCAGCGGCAAUCACUAUGUGUGGAGAAAAGUCACGUCCACAGUGCAUAACAUCAUUGUGGGCAAGCUGUGGAUUGACCAGUCAGGGGACAUUGAGAUAGUGAAUCACAGGACCAAAGAGACCUGCCAACUGAAAUUCUCUCCCUACAGUUAUUUCUCCAGGGAUGUUGCUAGGAAGGUGACAGGUGUGGUGGCUGACAACGGUGGCCAGGCUCAUUACAUCCUGUCUGGUACGUGGGACGAGAAGAUCGAGAGUGCCAAAAUCAUUCAGAGCAGCCGAGGCGGUAGCGGAUCAGAGGGCAAGCAGAAGACCAUCUACCAGACCUUGUCCCCCAAACUUUUAUGGAAGAAGUAUCCUCUCCCAGAAAAUGCUGAGAACAUGUACUACUUCUCAGCGCUGGCGCUGACCCUGAACGAGCCGGACGAUGGAGUCUGUCUGACCGACAGCCGUCUGAGGCCAGACCAGAGGCUGAUGGAAGAUGGUCGAUGGGAUGAAGCCAACUCUGAGAAACAAAGGUUAGAAGAGAAACAAAGAGCCGUGAGGAGGCGGAGAGAAGCGGAGGCCUCGGAUGCCCUGGAUGAAGGUCGAGAAUACGAAGGCUACCGGCCACUGUGGUUUCAGCGAAGGAGAGACUCGGUCACCGGGGAGACAAACUUUGUGUACAAAGGAGGCUACUGGGAGGCCAAGGAGAGACAGGACUGGACCAUGUGUCCCAAUAUAUUCUAACGCAGGACGCUUCCCCCGCAUCAGGACCUCAGGAGACACGGAGAUGCUCGGCCUCGGCUCCUUCGGCAGUGUGACGUAGCAGGCUUAUGAGCACUAUGUGGAGAUGGUGAAUGUGACACACGUACUCUUGUAACACUUCGUACCUCCAAUUGUACACUCCCACUGCUUUACAGACGGAAAUAUGACGGGAUGCGGUCGGAGGUGUAACGUCAACUCUAUAACAGCGCCUAAUGAGGAGCUUUAACGAUGCACUUUUCAGCAUAGUUUUAAAUGGUUGCCCGUGCGGAAUUAGAUUGAGGCUGUAGAUCGACACGUUGCAACAAGAGAUUUAUCAAAAGUCACUGUCAGUCUUCAAGUGAGUUACAGCAAGUAUAUCACCGCUGUUUUAUUUAUUACUGUACUUCCAAUUAGCAUUUCAAUGCCAUGAGGAUAAAGCCAGUUUGCUUUAGUUGUAACAAAGUAACUCGACAUUUCCCAUUAUAACAUUCUUUCAUGAAAAAUGUAUUAAAAUGCUGUGAAAAUAAACAUGGAUUAACCAGAAGGAUGGGGGAUAAAUUGAAAGUGACAGAAAUUGCCAACCUUAAUCCAGUAUACAGAAUAUUUUAUGUCUUACGUGUUGCAGACACAGUGAGACUUGAUCGGAAUUCUGCAUUGAAGCAUUUUAUUUCCUGCAACAUGCAAUUAGUACUUAAUUAAAUCCUCUCUUUUUAGAGAUUAGACUCAUAUGAGCCUGCCCUCGAAAGUAUUUAAUAUGAAAGUAAAGAAAUUCGGCUCUAUUUUGAAGUCCCUGGAACAAUCGUAUUUUUUUUCCGCCACUUGUGUUGAAAUGUAUCUCGUUCAGCACUCAGAUUGUCCAUUGUUCGGAGUGCGUCUCUGCAUAUGCACACUGAACUUGCGAAGGCACAUUGGUGUUCAUCUUGCUGGGAAAGUCCAGUUUGAAUGUAACAUAGGCUUUCGUACAAUAUUUCUCUAAAUUCCCAUAUCGGUAUGACUUGCAAGUGUGUUUCAUUGCAGUUCAGGCUUCAAAUUUGUGAAAGCGCUCUAGUAGUCGGUCGCAAUUCUACAUGGAAUAUUCUGAUGAAAUUCAUGGAUAUCAAGCAUCUCAGAAGUGAAUUGGCACAAUUCACUGUGCAUGAAGUGAAGCUAGAACUCAUCUUUGUGUCCGUUUUCCUUCGGUGCAUCACAUGCUGCAUCCUCGCUGACUGCUUCCAAGUGACGGCAUCCGCUGUUCGGUACUAACAAAAUGUAGCUCCACUUGCUCCUCGGUGUCUCGUUAUAGUUUCUAGUUUCUUCCAUUGGCACUGUGUGAGCCUGGCGCCUCUGUUGUCAGCGGGUUCAAAGUUGUAGAAAAGAAACAGGGCUGGUUCCUGUUUGGCGGUCAGCUGAAGCCGCAGAGGCCUUUGCUCCACGCUCGCUUACAGUUCCAACGUGUCGUCCGUGGUGUUUGUACAACGAUCUGCGAUCGGGGCUUUUCAAGGUACACUCAAGUCUUUUUGCCUUUAAUGAACUGGCCUGUGCACUACACAUCUAGUGACAACCAAUAUUUUUUUUGUAAUCAUUGGUAGGAAUGUAGAUUUCAAGGCUAGAGGUACUGUAUGUUCCGUCUAGUCUGUUUGUGUGAAUAUUUUGUGAUAAGAUUAUACUGUAAAAUAAAGUCAUAUGAGAAUUAAGCUAUCUGUACAGCAUAUUUGAAACACGGUCAUAAAUUAGCAUUUGAGCUGGGAUAUUAUAAUUUCUAGAAUUACUCAGAGGCACACUAGUUAGCUACAUAUUUCAUGUUUAUUGCUCCAAAAUCACAGAAAAGGGGCUUUAAUUUUAUUUUUGUAUGAAAACCCACGAUACGAGCACAUCUGACACACAUCUGCUUGUUCUACUGAUUUUGAAUACAAAAAGGAUAAAUGCAUUUAACAGGGAAAAGAAGACCAUUGAGCAGGUAUCAUUUUUAGCAGUGAUAGUCUGUUCCAAUGAAUUAACUAUGAUCACUGUUUACACAGCCAUAUAGCAGCGUCCCAUGUCUAUAAAGCGCUAUCAAUAUUAAAAAGAUAAAUACAUUGAAAAGGCAUCAUUUUGGGAAUUACACAUUUAGUCAGACAAGCGCCUCUAAAGUCAGAAACCCCCCCCCCCCCCCCCAAAAAAAAAACAACA